AGGUUACUUGGCACCUGAGUACGCCAUACGAGGUCAGGUGACAAGGAAAGCAGACGUCUACAGUUUUGGUGUUCUGAUCUUGGAAAUUAUUUGCGGGAGGUGCAACACAAACAGACGAUUACCAUUAAAAGAACAAUAUCUUCUUCCAAUGGUGUGGGAACACCAUGAGAGGGAGCAGCUGGUGGAGUUAGUAGACACAGCAUUGAACGGAAUAUUCAAUGUUGAGGAGGCUUGCAGAUUCCUAAAGAUUGGCCUUCUCUGCACUCAAGACAUGCCCAAGCUCCGACCAUCCAUGUCUACUGUUGUUGAGAUGCUGACAGGUGAAAGAGAUGUGAACGAGGAGAAGAUAUCCAAACCAGGACUGCUUUAUGAAUUCAUGGAUCAAACAGAAGGCCACAGAGAUAAGGCCAGUGCAAGACCUUCAUCUUACACAGUAUCUGCCUCAGGGAGGUUUAUCAAUACGUCAUCUUCAUCAGAAAACAUAACUACUUCAUUUGCUACUAUGACCUUCAAUUCUAUAUAUGACCGAAGCAAUUAGGGCAGGCAGAAUCUCUUUUUGGUUAUUGUCUGGUUUGGCCAGGCAGUCAGCAUAUUAAUUCUUCUAGGUUAAUAUCAUUUUUUGCUUGGGUAUGUCUUGAGUGCAUUGGCACACCUGUUAGGGGAACAAGUAGUAAUAUGCUAUGAAAGAAUACUUUUGUAGGGCUACAGUUGGUGUAAAUGUUUAUAAUCAAUUAACUUUUUCUUUUCUUGCUUUGUAAAGAAAGCUUGACUAUAUGAACAAUCCUUCCACCCCCUUCUUCAGUUCCA